AUUCUCUCAUUUGUUUGGAGAUACUCGUUUCUCUUACAAGAUAGUAACUCCAUUGGCUUUGGGAAGUGGUGUGGAGCCAGGGACUUAGAUUUUAUCAAAGUCAGAACCAGACGAACAAAGGAUGGCGAAGGUGCCAAUGUCUCUGUGAAACAAUUUUUUGUACUUAAGGAUGUCUACGUCGGUAAGAUAUGCAAGUUGCAUAUUUUUUACAUCUAUCUAAUCAUGAAAUAUAGAUAA